UCCGGUAGCCUGCGAUCCCGCAGUUUCUUCGGUGAUGUCGUGGGUCCAAGCGACUUCUUCCGCCCAGGGUCUUGAAGAUGAAGUGGACGUGUUUGACGAGGACGCAGACGAGUCGCUUCUGGUGCAGCGGGAAUGGCGAAGUCACAUGCAGAGACGAGUCAAAGAAGGUUAUAGAGAUGGAAUAGAUGCUGGCAAAGCAGUUACUCUUCAGCAGGGCUUCAAUCAAGGUUAUAAGGAAGGUGCAGAAGUCAUUUUAAACUAUGGCCAACUCAGAGGAACACUGAGUGCUUUGCUAUCCUGGUGUCACCUUCAUGACAAUAGUUCAACUUUGACCAGUAAAAUAAAUAAUCUUCUGGAUGCAGUUGGCCAGUGUGAAGAGUAUGUGCUCACACAUCUGAAAUCAAUCACUCCACAGCCCCAUGUUGUAGAUUUAUUGGACUCCAUUGAGGAUAUGGACCUUUGCCGUGUAGUUCCAGCUGAGAAAAAGAUUGAUGAACCUAAAGAUGAAAGACUCUGUGAAAAUAAUGCUGAGGUUAACAAAAACAGUAGCAAGAGCCUUAGUGGGAUAGAUUGUUCACAUUUAGGAUGUAGAACACAGGAGCAUGCACAUUCUGAAAACCCAAGCCUCACCUGGAUUUUAGAACAGACAGCCAGCUUAGUCAAACAGCUGGGAGUAUCAGUAGACAUAUUACAGCACCUUAAACAACUAUAAAAAGUAUCCUCCCCUUCCUAAUGAAAAAAAUAUUCAGAACAUUUCUUAGAGCAUUUUGUUUGCUAACAAUGUAACCAAAAUUUGUACUGAUUUCUGUGUUGAACCCUUCACCUAUAGGGUUAUCCUUCAUGGAAGUUUGAGAUGUCUUCAAAAUUAACACUUAAAAGUAAUAUAAGACUUUUUUUCUUUGUCACAUAAUUUUUAUGUAGUUUAUGAUAAUGGUCAGAAAUUUCAGUUGUCAUUGCCAUUUUCAAAUUUCGGAUCAAAAUUAAGGUUUUUUGGACUCAUUAACAAAAGUGAGCAAGAAUCAAACAUGUUUUGUAAAGACCUAACCCUACUUUCUGCUACCAUCACCAUUAGGUGGUCAGGACUUUAUCAAACUAAAGUUACUGAAAAUAACAUAAUGACUAACAUAAAUCUAGCACACAGGCAUAGAUAUAGAAUGUAAAUAGAUAUUUAUUGAAGUCAAGAGACUAUAAGUGAGAUACUGAAGCAAUGUUUAUUGAUUAAAUGAUUAAAAGCAAAAUA